AUGGUCUCACUCGCUCCUGUGAGGCUCGGGGGUUGGCCCUUGGCUGGUGAUGAUGCUAUUGAUGGUGAUGCUGCUUGGGUGAACGCUUGGCCAUUCGUCAUUCAGUAUUUUGAUGAUGAGGUCGCCGGUCCAGUGAAGGUGAUCGGUGGCGAUAAUUCCUUGGCUCAGAGUUUUCUGGUACCACUUUACCUUUUUCCGUAUUUGGCAAUUAUUGUGCCUUUGAGCUCCUUCCUCUUCCACGAGCGUGGCGCCGAUUUCGAUCUCCCAUCGCCGGCAUCGGAAUCUCACGGAGUCGGCGCGGAAUUAGGCUACCCGUGCGAGAGUGAGCGGAGGCGAGCGGCAGCCACCGGAGUUGGAAGCUUCAGGGAAGAUCUAUGCGCGCGGCGCCGAAGGAGGAUUACAGGACGAGGGGCUGCGGUCGGAGCGCAGGAGUGGCGGCGGGCCGGGGCGAGGCGGGCGGAGGUCUUGCGCCUCGCGCUCCUCGCGGCGGAGGAGGCCGCGCAGGUGGAGGAGGAAUCUUCGCGUGUGGUGCUUGGGUGCAGGAGGCUCUUCCCUGCUGCGGCAGGUGGGGUUUCUGGGCCGAGAUUGGGAGUGUGUGCUGUGUGCCAUAGCCCUACCACGACGAGGUGCUCUCGGUGCAAGGCUGUAAAAUACUGCUCAGGGAAAUGCCAGAUACUUCAUUGGAGACAAGGACACAAGAAUGAGUGUGGUUCUCCACGGAUUGAUGUAGUUGGUAUCACACCAUUGAGCGGGCUAACAGUUGAAGGAUCUGACUUGCAUAAUAAUCAACCAAAUAGUGAAGGAAAUUAUCAGGCGGCAGUUAUGACAUCCAGCAAGAAGCUAUCAUCUACAUCAAGUUACUCAUCUGAAGCUUUUAGUGAUGACGAAUUUCUGAACUCAUCGGGAACAGAAAGCGCUUCUGAUUCAUCUGAUUCUUCAUCCUCAAGCUAUUCAGUGUUCUUUGGCCCUGUUAAAACAUUCGAUGCCUUUUCUUCCGCAGUUUAUCCCAGUGUACUCCCCAAAUCUGGAAGUGAAAUACAAUCAUCUUCUAACAUUUCACACGAUUCCACAACAUACAAAGAGAGAGAGAACAGUAUCUUGGAUGCCAGAUCCCAUAUGAGGCUCUCCCAGAAGGUUCCUAAUGAGGAUAUAUGCUCUCAAACAAAGUCAAGAAAUGAAAUGCUUUCUUUAAGAUCUUUGUCAGGAGUUGCCCAAAUAAACACAACCUUGAGAACUUCUCUAAAUGAAUCACGUCCUCCUUGUGGUUCAAAAAGUCACAGUGGACAAGCAUCCCCUGCUGGACAGUUCAUAUCAGAUUAUGCAUCUAGAAAAGUACAUAAUCCUCCUAAAGCUACUACAAAAUUUCGUCACAAUGCUGAAUGUCAUUCCAGUGACAUUAAAACAUCUGUUCAAAAAGUUGUUCAGCAGUUAAAGCUUUCAAAGCUCUCCCAGCAGCAUUCAUCUCUUUUUGACAAUGAUUCUUCUAAAAAACCGAAGAUGCUUUUCCCAUUUGAAUACUUUGUCAAAUUGUACAAUUCUGACAAAGUGGUACUAUGCCCUAGUGGUCUAAUAAACUGCCACAAUAGCUGUUAUGCAAAUGCCGUGCUCCAGAGUUUUGCUUUUACUACACCACUUGCUGCUUAUCUUCUUGAAGGAGUUCAUUCAAAAUCAUGCCCAAAACGAGGAUGGUGUUUCACAUGUGAACUAGAAAAUCUUCUUAUUAAUGCACAAGCUCGGCAAUCUCCCUUGUCCCCCGCUGGCAUACUUUCUCACUUGUACAAAAUUGGUAGUCAACUUGGUCUUGGAAGAGAAGAAGAUGCCCAUGAAUUUUUGAGAUAUGCCAUUGAUGCAAUGGAAUCUGUGUGCCUUAAGGAAGCUGGCUUACAUGCUAUUGAUCGGUGGACUGAAGAAACUACUUUCAUACAACUAACUUUUGGUGGUUACUUGCACUCGAAGAUAGAGUGCAUGAAGUGCAACAACAGAUCUGAACAUAAUGAAAGAAUGAUGGAUCUUACAUUAGAUAUAGAAGGGAAUAUUGGAACCCUUGAAGAAGCUCUUAGAAAAUUUACAAUGACAGAGGUUUUGGAUGGUGAUAAUAAGUAUCAAUGCCUAAGAUGCAAAUCCUAUGAGCGAGCCAAAAAGAAAUUGACAAUAGUUGAUGCCCCUAAUAUCCUUACGAUUGCCUUGAAACGGUUUCAGUCUGGUAAAUUUGGUAAGCUCAAUAAAGCAGUUAGUUUUCCUGAAUACCUGGAUUUAGCACCUUAUAUGCAUAGUGGAUCGACUGACAAAUCCUUGGGGUACAAGCUUUAUUCUGUGGUGGUUCACUUGGAUGUUAUGAAUGCUGCUUUUUCUGGCCACUAUGUUUGUUAUGUGAAGAAUAUACAAGGGAAAUGGUUUAAGACGGAUGACGCUAUGGUAGAAGCUGUGGAGGUUGGACAAGUCUUGUCGAAGAAUGCAUACAUGCUUUUUUAUGCCAGAUGCUCACCACAUUGCCCAAGUUUGGCAAGUAGGACCUUGUCCCUAGACCGCGUAUUGACUAAGAGGAGCAGGUCAAGAGAAGCUCAUUCUUCCGGUUAUGACAGAGAAAAGACCACACAUGGUCUACCAGAAUGCCAUGAUGAACCAAAUCAGGCGGUUGGAUACAGAGCGCUUCAUUUCACUGCCAGAGAUUCAUCGAGCCACAGCUCUGCCCUGUUCAGCUGCUCAGAUGAGACCUCAUGCAGCACAGAGAGCACUAGGAAUUCGACAAGCACUGAAGACUUCGUAGACUACAUAUUUGGGAACUUGGAUCAACAAACUUGGCAGAGUCCGUCAAGAUUCUUGAAUUUCGUGGACGGCGAUGGAAACUCAGCUUCUUGCUCGACCCACUCAUCUGCAGCUGUGAAUUGUAAUAUAGAUAGUGUCACAGCUGAUACGAUUUGUGAUGGCAGCAGAGAGCAGUGUCACAACGAUGGAGCAUCAUCGUUUUUGUAUUCCGAUACAACUAAUCAUAGUAAACUAACAGAAUCUAGUAGAGAGACUGAUGGGAGUGUCCCAGCUAAACUAAAGCCCAGUUUAUUGAGAAGAAGCUCUGCUCCUAGGGGAAGGGCAUCUGAAUCUUAUCGAUAAAUCUGAGUUGUAAAUGUUAUGUUAGAGUAGGUGCAUCAAUCUAUUAUAAUUUUGCUAAA